CCCCUGUGAUAUAGACGAAUGUCGCCAAACUGCUCUCUAUAUAUACCAGAACCCAUUCGAAGCGGCAUUUAGUUGUCGAAUCGCGUGCAGAGUGACGGUUGAUUUACACACCCACGGCCUGCAUCUGUAACCGAUCAAAACGAAAUAUGUCUGCCCUACGCUUGGCCGUCCUUGUGGCAGCCUGCCUGUCCCUCGCCUCAGCCGGCACACGGCAACUGCAGCAGGACAACGUGCAGCCGCCAGCCACAUUGGCCACGGAGCUCGGUGAUUACCGGCUGUCGGAGUCCAUCAAUCCUGUCAGCUACAACAUCACCCUGCGUCCCUACCUACUGGUCGACGACACCAAGCGAUUCACAUUCGACGGCGAGGUCUGGAUCGAGGUUAUCCCAAAUGUGGCCACAAGAUCAGUGUAUCUGCACUCGAAAAAUCUCACCUACUCGGUCUCCGAGUACUGGGCAAAGCCUACAGGUGUUGCGGUACCCACGCCCGUCAAAUUCAACGCUAUUAACGAGACCAACUACGAUACUGAUAUCGUCAUGCUGUCAACCGUCGACAUCCUAGCCGUGGGUCAAGCCUACAUCCUGCACUUUGUCUACACGGGUCUGAUGGAGGAUGAUAUGCACGGCUUCUAUCGCAGCUCCUAUGUGGACGACAACAACGAGACCAAAUGGCUGGGCUCCACUCAGUUCCAGACGAAUCACGCCCGUCGCGCCUUCCCCAGCUUCGACGAGCCCCAGUUCAAGGCCACCUUCAAUGUCACCCUGAGGCGCCACUACACAUUCAGCACUGUCAGCAACACCCGACAGGUGUCAUCCACUCCCAGCACAGAGGCUGGCUACUUUGACGAUGUGUACGCAACGACGCCAAAGAUGUCCACCUACAUUCUGGCCUUCAUCAUUUCCGAGUUCACUGCCCGCAAGGACGAACAGUUCGGUGUGCUGGCCCGUCCCGAAUACUAUUCCCAGACGCAGUACAGCUACAAUGUGGGUCGCAAGAUCCUGGCGGAGAUUGGCAAAUACCUGAACCUCGACUACUACACCCUCGGCAACGACAAGAUGGAUAUGGCGGCGAUCCCCGACUUUUCAGCUGGUGCCAUGGAGAACUGGGGUCUGCUCACCUACAGGGAGCGCAGUCUUCUGGUGGAUGAGUCGGCCACUACUUUGGCCUCUCGCCAGUCGAUUGCCGCCGUGGUCGCCCACGAGCAGGCUCACAUGUGGUUCGGAGAUUUGGUCACCUGCCAGUGGUGGAGCUACACCUGGCUGAACGAGGGCUUCGCCAGGUACUUCCAGUACUUCGGCACCGCCUUUGUGGAGAACGAAUGGGAGCUGGAGAAGCAGUUUGUCGUGGACCAGAUCCAGUCGGUGAUGGCCAUGGACUCGCUUAAUGCCACCAACCCGCUGAGCGACGAAAACACCUACACUCCGGCCCAUCUCAGCCGCAUGUUCAACAGCAUCUCCUACAACAAGGGAGCCACAUUCAUUCGCAUGAUCGAGCACCUCAUGGGCCCCGAGUCGUUCCAAAAGUCGCUGCAGGAGUACCUUAAGCAAUACUCAUACCAAUCCGCAAGGCCCGAAUAUUUGCUCAAGUCCUGGCAACAGAACUGGAGUGAGGGCAGGUUUAAUGCCAGCUCGCAGCUUAUCUUCGAUAGCUUCACCACCCAGGUGGGCUAUCCCCUGGUCACCGCCAACAUGGCCACCGAUGGCCAGAGUGUGUCCUUCACCCAGAAGCGAUUCCUGCUGAAGGCAAACGACGAUUCCGACGCCAGUCUCGAGUACACCGUCCCCAUCACCUACUCGAACAACUUGAACAACAACUUUGUCAAUACCACGCCCAAGUUUAUCCUCAAUCCGGGUCGCACCGCAACGGUCACCUUCGCAAAUCCGCUCACCUGGAUCAUUGCCAACGUACAGCAGACGGGCUACUACCGCGUCAACUACACGGAGACCAACUGGCGUGCCAUUAGGACGGCUCUCUUUGCGGCCAAUUGGACCAGCAUUCACGAGAUCAACCGCGCCCAAGUGGUCGACGAUCUCUUCAACUUGGCCCGUGCCAGUUACGUUAGCUACAACCUGGCCCUCGAAGUGCUGGAAUACCUGGAGACGGAGAUCAACUACAUACCCUGGACGUCGGCCUUCAACGGCUUCAACUACCUCUCCAUUCGCCUGGGCAACGACACGAACAACUUUGGCAGCUACAUUCAGAGCUUGACCAACAAGGCCUACCAGAAGCUCGGCUUCAACGAAACCACAGCCGACAGUGCCCUGGACAUUUACCUGCGCACCAAGGUGCUCUCCUGGGCCUGUCGCUACGGCAGCGCCGACUGCAUCCGCCAAGCCAAGAACUACUUCAACUCCCUCAGCACCGUGCCCAAGAACAUUCGCGCCACUGUCUACUGUGUGGGUCUGCGCGAAGGCGGAACCGCGGAGUUCGAUGCCCUGUACCAGAAGUUCAAGACGGAGACUGUCGCCACCGAGGAAACGCUGCUGCAGAACUCUUUCGGCUGCGUCAAGACCAAUGAUCUGAUCACACGCGUCUUCAACCUGGUGCUCUCGGACGAGAUUCGCCGACAGGACAAGUCCUCUGUACUGGCCACGCUCUACACGGAGAACAACGAGAACGUCAGCCCAGUCUUUGCUCUUGUCACAAAGGAGUUCGAGGCUCUGGCCACAGCAAUGGGUGGAUAUUCGGCGGUGGCCACGGUCAUCUCUAACAUUGCAUCCCGCUUCACCGAGCAGAAGCAGUACGAUGAUCUGCAGACCUUCAACAAGGCCAACAGCGCGAAGUUCGGCAGCUCUGCCAGCACUCUGACUGCAGCUGAGGCCACAGUCCUGGAGAACCUGCAGUGGUCCGAGGCCAAGCUGGGAGUCUUCCGCACCUAUCUGGCUGAGCGUAAUGGCAGCGCCAUUGUCAGCGCCUUCAGCGCCCUCACCGUCCUCCUGAUGGCCCUGGCGACUUUGUUGCGCCAGUAAGCCCAUGGCUAGACUUUAAUAUCAUCCAAGAUUAGCCUAAUUAAUAGUGCCAAGUGCAAAGCGAGCGCCAUCAAAAGCACAAGCACCCAACCCAACCCAUAAAAGUAUUUGUACACUUAGCACAACCAAUAAAAAUACAAUUUUUUCAGAUAA